UCUAUCUAUUUUUCUUGCAUAUCAAUUCUAAUAAGAAAAAAUGAGCCGUUUUGCAAUCAUCGUCGUUGUUUUCUUGCUCUUUGUCUCGAAACCAGCGCUAUCGGUUCCUACAUGCAAAGAAGUAGUCGCCGAUAUCGCUCCAUGCAUCGGCUACUUGCAAGGGAACGAGCCGACAGCUCAGUGCUGUGCUGGCAUGAAGAAACUGAGCGGUUUGGUGAAAACGAAAAAGGAUAGAGUUGCCUCUUGCAGCUGUGGGAAACAAGCACUUUCGAGUUUUAAUUACGACGCGAGCCGCCUCCCUCUUCUUCCUCAGAAGUGCGGUGUGAAUUUUAACAUGCCUGCAAUUGACAAGAACUUCGAUUGUUCCAAGGCUUGAGUGAAGGUGUAAUGGAGAUCAAAAUUAAGGGACUUUUGUACUAGGAAGGUGAAUAAAGAAAGUUCCACUGUAAUAAAAAUUUGAGUUCUUGAAAAGUUGGGACUUGGUUUAUUUUAUGUACUGAUCAUAUAAACUAUUGAAAUAAAGGGUUCUUGUGGAGGAAUGAUUGCUGUUUUGUUGGUUGUGUAAUAUUAAAAAAAAAAAUUAUUCA